AUGAUAUCAAGCUCCAAUCAAGAUCUUUUAAGGAAGCAACAGAAUAUAAUAGACUUAUUGGAGAAUAUCUAUGGCGAAUUACCAAAUACUGUUCUAAAAGAUGUUGGAACCUCUUACGAAUUCGAAUCACAAUUACAAAACUAUGAAAAUCCAUCGCUAGUGAAAUAUUACGCGAGCCUUAUUAAAAAUGGCCAAACCCAGCCAAAAGGGACACCAUUCGCCGCGUCAGUCAGUCAACUGCGUAAAGAAGUUGCUAUACUGACGCAAAUAUUUUUAGGUGCUAAGGACUAUCGAACUUUCUUAAACACUGCUGCAUGGGCCCGUAUCAACGUAAACGAAGACCAAUUUGUUACGGCUUUCUCCAGUGCCGUCCUUCAGCUUCCAUAUAUGAACGGUGUUAUUCUACCGCCGGUAUAUGAAGUCUAUCCACAAUAUUUCUUUGAUGCGAGAAUUAUUCAAAACGUAUACAAUCACGUGAGCAAUUAUAAUUCCGAAGCUUCGGAGGCGAAGGACCAAUCAGGUGUGUACGAUAUUAACGUCAAUUACACGUCGAAUACCCCAUACGGAGAAAAUCAAAUCGCUUACUUUACCGAUGACAUUGGCUUAAGUGCUUACUAUUACUAUGUCCAAUUAGCCAGUUACAUGUUGCCACAAGAUUAUAGUGCAUCGAAUAAUAAACAAGGCAUUUUCCAAGGAGAAGGCCGCAAUACAGUUGGACACGGUGCUCAUUAUUAUUACAUCCACCAACAAUUACUCGCUCGUUAUAAUCUUGAACGCCUUGGGCAAGGACUCAGCCCCAUUGGCGAACUCGACUCUUACUACGAACACAUUGAAACGCCGUACAAACCAAACCUUCGCUAUAGCAAUGGUGUUAAUUUACCCGAACGCAACGAACACAUCGUCAUUACGCCGAAACAUAAGAACUACAAUCUCGUACGAUUAGUUUCCUCUUUAGAGCAAAGAAUACUCGAUGCCAUUAAUCUUGGACAAGUUGUUACCUCCCAAGGAAAUUAUAUAUCCCUGUACCAGCCUCAAGGCUUGAACAUUCUUGGAGAGCUCAUCGAGGGAACAGGUCGAAGUAUCAAUCCAAGAUAUUACGGAAGUUUCCAAACCAUUUCCAGACAACUAUUUGGCAACGCGCCCCAAUUUAACAAUAUUUACGAAUACAGUCCGUCGGCCCUUGAAUUGGGACAAACUGCUGUCCGAGAUCCAGUCUUUUACCAGCUGUACAAUAAGAUUGUUCAACUAUUCCACUAUUACCAAGAGGCCUUGCCCGCCUAUCAAUACAACGAUGUUGUCGUCCCAGGCGUUAAUAUUCAAAAGAUCGACAUGAGUGAUCUCGUUACGUACUUCAGCAAUUAUGAUGUUAGCCUUGAUAAUGCUGUGCCACAAACAUUGCCACAUAAGAGUACAGAGAGUCAAUCCCCAUCCAAAUACACUGCUCACCUUAAGAGACUCGACCAUAAGCAAUACCAAUACUCCAUCUACGUUAAUUCCCAGAAUGUCAUACCAGGCGCAGUCGUUCGCGUUUACAUGGGACCCAAGUAUAAUUAUGCUGGACAACCGAUUGACGUUUCCGCAGACCGUCACUACUUUUACGAACUCGACCAAUUCUUCUACGAUCUUGCCGAAGGACAGAACGUCAUUGUGAGAAAUUCUCAGGAAGCCACUGGACAGAGCUUCGAUUUCCCUUCCUUCCAACAAAUUAAAAACCAAAUUUACAGUGCCGUGCGCUCGGAAAGUCCAUACUACGUCAACUAUGCAGAACAACUUUAUGGAUUCCCAGCGAGAUUAAGCUUACCCAAAGGUUCAAAAUCCGGAUUCCCCCUGCAAUUAUUGGUCAUUAUAAGUUCCGGAAAUCAAGUUAAACAGCAAGCGGAAUUUUAUGGCCCAGUUGUCGAAGAGGAAUUUAUGACUUAUCAGCCACAACAUUAUCAAAUUGUUGAACGUGGAGAGUACCAAGGAAACGUAAGAAACCAAGACAGAAAUAGUAAUGUUUACCAGACUACUGAAGUGAUACCAGAAUUUGAAGGACCGAUUCUCUCAAAAGGAAACUCGUACAGUGAUUACUUAUACAAGAAAUAUCCUGGCAGCUACAAUUACCAACACGGUCAACAAACGUAUACCAACGUAGCGGCACCAAAUCAACAACAAGGUUACAAUGGUUAUCGUAGUGGCGACAAAGGCAUAAACUACGAACGCGCUGUUAAUAGCUACGAACAACAUUCUCAGGAUGAUACUGACGACUAUUACUCAAACCAAGGUGCUUCCUACAAUCAGGGACAAAGUUCCUCUUAUGGUAUUGGCCAAGGACAAGCCGAAUACCCAACUGGUAAAGUUCAGCGCUUCCAGCCAUUUAGGUCUACAGAGUCUAGCCAAAAUCAAGGUGGUUAUCAAAGCCGAGGAACGGUAGAUAACAGCAGGAGCGGACGCACAACCACGUACUCACCCAACACUUAUCAGAACAACAAGGGCCACGAACAAUAUUAUCGCAAUUAUUACCAAAAUAAUUACAUAGGCAACAUUAUUGGUGGCGCUGUAUCUCUGGAUGGAAGACCCCUUGGCUACCCAUUGGACAAACAACUGGCUUACAGUGCAUUUGACGCUCAAAAUAUAUACAUACAAGAUGUUGUUGUCUACCACAACGAUGAAUACUUACCUCAGAACUAAAAAAGCCUACAGAUUAACUCAAUUACAUUGUAAAGUAUUUAUGUUCGCGUAAUGCUUAAGAGAUAAGCCCUUUGACGUUCAAAUGCUUCGAAAAUUCUAAUCGAAUGAGCAUUCUUGAAACAUUGCUCACUUCAUUCAGCCAUGUAAGAAUAAAGAAUU